AGCGCAGCCAAUGGGCGGCGGGAACAUGUCGUGACGACAUAAAUUCGAUCCUUUUAUGCGCGAACUUGACCUGCGUUGAAGUGAGAAAACGGCGCGAGGCGAGCUUUGUCAUCAUUGAAAGCUGGGUCUUUUUGUCCGAAGGCACACCUCAACAAUCUAGUCUUCUGCAACAAUGGCAUCUGCAAGCGAUAUUCAGGUGAAGGAGCUGGACAAGCGUGCCUCGGGACAAGCCUUUGAGGUCAUCCUUGCGAGUCCCACUCCAGAUGCCAAGGGUGAGUUCCCUCUCUCCCCUCCGAAGAAGAAGGACCUUUCCUUGGAGGAGAUCCAGAGAAAACUAGACGCUGCAGAAGAGAGACGCAAGUCUCAUGAAGCCGAGGUUCUGAAACACUUAGCAGAGAAGCGCGAGCAUGAGAAGGAGGUGCUUCAGAAAGCUCUGGAAGAAAACAACAAUUUCAGCAAGAUGGCAGAAGAGAAACUGAACCAGAAAAUGGAAGCCAACAAAGAAAACCGCUCGGCCAUCAUGGCGGCCAUGAACGAGAAGUUCAAAGAAAAGGACAAGAAGCUGGAAGAGGUUCGAAAAAACAAAGAGAACAAAGAGGUCAGCUGUGAAGAAAACUGAAACCCACAGUUAUGGGGCCUUCUGAUGGGUGUUUUUUACUUAUCCAAAGAUAUUUUUCAUGUUCACACGAGAGUAAGACGUGUCGUUGUGGGUCCAUGUUCAGAAAACGAGUGCAGCUAUCUGUGUGUGUGUGUGUAGCAGUGGUUUUACACCCUGGUUAACUCUCCUUCACUUAACGGUGUGCUUUGCCGUCUGAUAUUAGUCUUCUCAAGCUGGUACGUACUUAACAUGAGGUGUAGUCUAUUUCUUGAGCUUUUUGCUUUUCUUGGUUACGAGCUUGCUUGUGUGUUAUCGCUUCAAGCGUAUAGACUGUUCAUAGUUUAGACCUGAAUGCAAAAAUUGGCAAUACACGUUGACCUCUUUGACCAGUUAGCGGUUGUACCAAAUAAAAGUACUUAAACCAA